AUGGAAACGGCUUCGCUCCUUGGUCUUGACGGAGCCCAGUGGUUCUGCGACUUUUAUCUGCGCGAGCGGGACAAGGGCCUGCUCGGCGGAGUGUCCGAUCUGCAGAGGAAAGAAGAGGAGCACUACCGCAGCGUGAUGGCGCAUCAAGAGCGAGGCAUGCUCGCACUGCCCCUUAUCUCAUGCGCGUCGUACGCCUUCUACUGGGCGCCGCCGGGCGGCGAGUCCAUUGCCAGCUCGUGCUUGCGUGUGGACCGCAUGCUCGAUAUUCUACGGACGUCGUGCUCCGGCUUCAAGGUCGUAAUGGUGUGCCACGGUAACAUUAUGAGGGCUUUCCGCGUGCGGAUCGAACGGAUGAGCCAGAGGAAGUUCAGAGAGAAUGAGGAGAGCACGGACGACCGCGACAAGAUCUGGAACUGCCAAAUCAUCCACUACACGAGACGCGACCCCGAGACCGGCAUCGUGGCGCCCAACUUCUACUGGGUCCGCUCGAUCUGCCCGUGGGACACCAGCCUCUCCUGGAACGUCUGGCAGCCCAUCCACAGAUCUGGCGGCCGAGGUGGGACUCGUGCCGCAGCUGAUCAACAACGACGACGUGGAGCUGUUGGGCCAGACGGCCACCGAGGAGAUCGUGAAGAAGCGUGCGCUGCUCACAGAGUGGAAGGAGCGCGAGGAGGCCAUCGCCAAGAGCGACGAGGCCGAGAAGGAGAAGGAGGACAAGCGGCGCGCCAGGGAGUCGUGGCUGCCCUCCAACAACCCCAGCUCCGCCACCAGCACCACCACCGCCGAAGGAGGUAA